UCCAUAAUCUGCUGUCAUAUUGUCUGAAAGUGUAUUCGUUUGAAAUCUUGCAAAACAUGGAGCUUCAUCUGGGUCUUGCUCUCUCUUCAUCUUCAUCUUCAUCUUCAUCUUCAUCCUCUUGUUCUUCACAGUUUGAUCUCAACUUCAACACCAAUUACAGCCAUGAAUCUAACAUCCCAAUUCACCACUUGAAAAAGAGGAAACAUGAUCAUGAUGAUGAUGAUGAUGGUGAUUUCCAUGUUCCUCAAACUUUGCCUCUUCUUGUUUGGAACAAUUUCUGCAACAAAAACCAGGUGAAUCAACACCAUGCUCAUGCUGAUGCUGACGACGAUGGCGAUGGUGAAAAUGAAGUUGAGUCGAAUUCUAUAUUUGUUCAUCACAGAAAUGAUGGUGGUGUGAUCGGGUGGCCGCCGGUGAAAUCUUGUAGGAAGAAGUUUCGCCACCCGAAAAUCGGCGGAGGCGAUGGCGGAGAUGGCGGAGGGUCAAAGUCAAUGUAUGUUAAGGUGCAUAUGGAAGGCAUAGGAAUUGCAAGAAAGGUUGACCUUAAUGGCCACCACUCCUACCAAACCCUAGUCCACACCUUAGCCAACAUGUUUGGAAAAUGUUUCGAAGAUGUGAAACUCACUUACCAAGACAAAGAUGGAGAUUGGUUGCUUGCCGGAGACGUUCCGUGGGGGUCUUUCGUCGAGACGAUUCAACGUUUGAAACUAUUGAAAAAAUAAUUAUGAUCGCUUUAUCUGACUCUCGUAGUUUUGGGAACGGUGACUAGAGUAUGAAUUGGGAAUUAGGGUUUUGUUUUGUUGUAACGAUAAGUACUGUUACACAUAUAUAAUAAGUUAUUUUAGAAACCGGU